CAUCGUUCGUUCCGAUCUCCCCGAUUUUUUACUAAAAUAUUUUACAAUAUUUUUUAAUUAGAGUCCUGCGCUCGAUUUUUGUUUUUCAUUUAUUUUUUGUUUUCUUUCAAAUUUCAAAUUCUAUAUGUACACUGUGUUUGUGUGUGUUACUAGUGAAAUUUUUAUUAUUUUGUAUUUCGAAAAACCUUUAAAUGAAAGGACAUAUAUGUAGAAGCAAGUGAAGAAAUCAUAGAAAUUUGUGCGAAUAUACAAAAGUGUUUGCAAAUUUAAAAAAAUUAAAUUUGAAUUGCUUCUAUUUUAUACUUGUAUGAUUAAUGUGGUGAAUAAUUUUUUGUUUUUUCUUUUGUUUUGUGAAAAACGAAAGUCGUAAAUCUUUUAUAUGGAACAGAAAAAAAAAAUAGAAAAAUAUUAAGAAAAAGACAAGGAAAAUAAAGAAUCAACAACCAUAAUAAAAAAAAUAAGGAAAAAAAAGAGAAAAAUAGCAAAUACUGAAAGAAAUUCGUUUUUUAAAAUUUUUUUUUUUCUAUUCGAAAAAAAUAAAAAAAAAAAAAAACCUCAUUUAAUCACGUACGAUCAUCUUAUGUGUUCAACAUUAAAAUUAUACUGUAUAAUAUAUGCUCAAGGAUUCAAGGAUUUUAACAUUGAAAAUUGAAAAUUGAAAACGAACAAUACACAGAGAAAAACAAAAAAUCAAAGAGAUAAGCUCAAGGACUCAAGAAAAAUACAAAAACAAAACAAAAUUUAAUUAAAAAUUUAAAACGCAAAUUUUAAAAAGAAAAAAAAAUGGCCCAAUUUGUAACACAUAUACAACCAACAUUGGUUGAAGCAUCACAAGGUCAUGUACCACAUCAUCAUAGUCAUCAAGUUGGUAUGCAACAUUCAUCACAUUUACCACAUUCUGGUCAUAAUAUGCCAUCACCACCAACACAACAUCAUCAUCAUCAUCAUCAUCAUCAACAGCAGCAUCAUCAACAGCAGCAACAUCAUCAACAACAACAACAACAACAUCAUCAUCAACUGCACCAACAACACCAACAACAACAACAACAACAGCAUCAUCAGCAUUAUCAGCAACAACAACACCAACAUCAUCAUCAUCAUCAAGAUAAUUCACCAUCAAUUAAUCGUAAAGAACAUGUUAGACAUGUUUAUGAACAAUAUACACAUGGACAACAUUAUUUACCAUUAAAUAAUAAUCAAUUACAACAACAACAACAACAAUUCAUUGAAAGUCAACAAUAUGAUUAUGAUAAACAACAACAGCAACAACAACAACAACAACAUCAUAGCAGUAAUAAUAAUAUUAAUAAUAAUAAUAUUAAUCAUAAUCAACAUCAUCAUCAUCAACAAUCACAACAACAAAAUCAACAUUUGUAUUAUCAACAACAACAACAACAAUUACCAUUACAACAACAACAGCAACAACAGCAGCAUCAUCAUCAUCAUCAUCAUGUAAGUUAAUUGAUUUUAUUUAUUUAUUUUAUUUAUAUUUAUCUUUAAUAUUUAAUUUUUUUUUUAAAUUAAUUUAAAAAUUUUACAUAAUUAUUAUUUUGUUAAUGAACUCAU